UGGGACACCCCACCAAAUCAUUGGAUUCAGGUGUUUCAAUCACCUCCAUGGCCACAGGUGUAUAAAAUCAAGCAUGAAGACUGCUUCUACAAAGAAUGAAAGCAUGGGUCACUCUCAGGAGUUCAGAGAAUGCAAAGCGUGGUACCGUGAUAGUCUGCCACCUGUACAGUAAGUCCAUCCAUGAAAUUUCCUUGCUACUAAAUAUUCUAUGGUCAACUGUUAGUAGUAUUAUAAAAAGUGGAAACUACUGGGAACAAUAGCAACUCAGCCACGAAGUGGUAGGCUAUGUAAAAUGACAGAGCGGGUUCAGUGCAUGCUGAAGCACACAGUGCGCAGAAGUCGCCAACUGUCUGCAGAGUCAAUAG